GAUUCAUCGACGCCGUUCCUGUCGCGCCCCUAAUUGCACAUCCCAUAACCAUCGCAAUGGCUUUGAAUCCGUGCCGUGCGGCCCUUCGCCGCUCUGGCAUCGCCAACAGACAACAAAUUAUCUCUUGCGCUCGCUCGUACAGCACCGAGUCGGCGACACCUACCGCAACCCCCGAAUCCUUUAAGCACAAAGAAGAUGGCUCGACCGACGCCGUCCCGCGAUGGGCCCAGACACCGCCGCGAAUGAAGGCCCCUAUGCAAAUGGACUUUGCCCGCGACCCCAAGAACAAGAUCUGGCACGUCAAUAGCAACCCAGAGGUGCUGGACACCAUGUACAACCAGCUCCUUGGCCCUGCUGGCAGCAAGAUGCUCCCAGAAGAGCUCAAGUGGCUGGCUGUUACACACAAGAGCUUCGACCAAGGAAGACGCGGCUUCAAUGACCGUCUGGCUAUGCUUGGCCGCAUGACUUUGAUGAUGGAGGCGACCAAGACGAUUGUCAGCAAGCAGCCCGCUGCUGCCGCGAAGAUUUCCGACGAGUUUGAUAGACAGGCCUUUGCGCAUGAGCAAUUGGACCCUGUGGAUAACCUCAACCUCGAAGGUCCCAACGAUCUAGUUGGAAAGGAUCAACUAUACAAAUUGGCCAAGAGCGUCGGCAUGCUCAAUGUGCUGCGCUGGAAGCCCCGCCGACCCGACAAGCUGUCUGCAUCCGGCGUCGAGGUCGUUAUGAACGGCGCUAUCCUCGCCAUUAUUGGCGCCAUUACUCUGCAGCGCGGCCUGGACGUUGCAUCCGGAGUUGUGAGAGAGCAUAUCCUCCCUAAACUCAAGUAAAAACACAAUCCAACAAAGAUAAUCUGGCAUACUGGGCGUUGGUGGGACCACCACAAAGUAGCACAUACAUCACUGCUACGUGUACUCUUAUAUUUUCCCUUGUAACAUGGUUGAGAAAAGCGGUAUUUGUCUUGAUAGGCACACUUGUACAAAAUAUUUCUCCAAAAAAUGAAUAUCCAAUUAUUUCAAAAACGCUAAUUGUUGACCAAAAAUUCUCGCUAAAAGAAGAGACAGUGAAACUUGCAAAAGAAAACAAAAAAAGGUAUUUGAUGCGGGCAACAUGCAUGCGAAGUACACCCUAGCGGAACGAUAUCCAAAUGAAAAAAUGAUUGGUAAUACGUCCUGUUACUGCAGGAGAGGAGUCUCUUCACUAGGUCCAUCUCCAUGCUGAGUUGCUUGGCGGCUGCUGGCAAUCUCCUCGCGGAAAACAGUUUCGCGGAGAACCCAGCCAGACACAAGACCAGCUCCAGGACCAAAGACAGCGGACAAGCCAAGCAUUUUAGCUGGGAUCUUCCAGCCAACUUCGGCAAACACCCAGUAAAGCGUGGCUACGCCAAUGGAAAAGAGGUCCAUCUCAAUAAGAGGGAGCGUAGAUCGCGUCAUUUCCUUGCGGUCCUCUGGCCACGUCAAGCUCCAGAAAGCUGUGCCCUGUGAGAGAAUAGAAACAAUGGUGGGAAGUGCAUAGACAGCCGCCAUGCUUUUGCGGUGGGACUCGAGGUGAAUCAUGGUGGUGGCGGUCUCAGGCCAGAAUCGCUCAACAACGUAGCGGACAAGUAUGCGGAUAAAGGAGACGUAUACGGGGAAAAAUUGCCAACUCGCAAUGGUUGCUGUGUUGUUGAGAGCCACCAUGAGGGCAGAAGGGAGAUAGUAGCCAAUAAGCAGUGAGACGGGAAUGGCGAUGACCUCGGAGAGGGGUACGUUGCGCUCCUCUUCUCUCUCCCGCUCAUCUGUGCCAGCUUCUUCCUGAUGCUGGGGGUCCUUCUCGAGGAAAGUCUCACGAGAUCGUCUGAGAUGCACAGGUACAAUCAGAAGCUGCCAAAUGAUGGCACCUCCAAGCAAGUUGAGAAUAAUCCACGCGGGCGUGGGGUUAGCCACGAGCCUGGCUUUCUUGUUGCACGGGCGAGCUGAUUCCACCGUGGUGACGGUAAUCAGAGACCCGGCAAGGGCAAUAAUGACACCCAUAACAGCCUUGGCUCUCCAUGAGUCGAGCGAUAUUUGGAAAAAGGACACCAGUGUGCAGAAGAAGGUGCCCACGACGGGGAUACGACUGAGCUCGGGGAGGCGGGCAUGUGAAUGGCACUGUGACUGCAGCAGAGCCACAUUGACGUCGGAAACGGCGAAGAGGAGGCCAACUGUCGAGACGGCAAGGAUAACGGGGAGAAUCAUGAGAUAUCGCAUCGGCAGCGUCUGAACGAGGGGGCGGUCGAAAGCCAUGCUGGGCGGUGAUAAAGCUCUCGGAGCUCGGGGAGGCUGGUCGUGAAGAAAAGGGGACUGUUGAAAAUAAAUAGAAAAACGCAAAAUGCUUCUUCUAGCACUGGUUGUAAUGAUAUAAUGACACCGUUUCUACACCGAGCAGUGCAAAAUUCAAGGAGCACGAUGCAAGGGUUUUAAAGGAGUUGUGCAGAGUAAGGAAGUGGAAAACAUAACGCUACAGCAUAACGCAAGCUCCAG